CCACAACUCCACGCUUACCCACUCAACUAGAGUUACCUGACUUCCCCUCAAUUCCGUUGUCUGCAUCAGACUGGAAUAUCAGAUUGAACUUGGAAGACAGCUCGUUGUUCAAUUCUGUCAUAUUCCUUUCUGGCUGAGGUUACACACCGAUGUCGACUAUAACUCGUUAUGACCAUCCCCGGUUGCUUCUUCCAUUAUCGCCAUUUCAUCCAUACAUCUGGGUUCAGGCCGAUUGAAUGAAGCUGAUGAUAACACCCCAACUCAACUGGCGACCUGGUUAUUAACCUGAGCGACAUCAUGUUUGUGGAGAACAGCGAUUGAGACACCAUUGCUCCUCUACUUCCCUUCGAAAUCCUCCUGAAGCCGGCUAUCAUCAGCUUCUAAUAGAAGACGACCAUGGCCGAUUCACCGACAUCUCCUUUGUCCUCCUCCUCCUCCUCCUCAUCCCCAUCCACCCUCUCAACCUCCAUCUCUCUGCCCCUCUCCUCCUCCACCCUCCUCAACCCCGUCCCCCUCCCCUCCACCUUCACCCUCAACCCCCCCCUCACCAACCUCACCACUACCCCCACCUCCACCACCAAACCCGCCACCACCCCUCACCGCCCCGGCGCCCCGCCCUUCGACCCAAACGAACAGCGUGAAUCCAGCCUCCUCAACUACUAUUUCGUCUUCCUCGCCCUCCUCAUCGCCUUCGUCGGCCUCGCCAUCUGGAUCGUCCACCGGCGCAAGAAACGCCGCAAGCAGCGCCUCCUCGCCCGCGGUCAGCACGCCCUCGCCCGCGACCUCGAGGGCUGGACGAGUCGGAGACGGUGGUAUCGGGGGGGUUGGCGGAUUGGGGAGGUGACGCCGAGGAGCCAGGCAGAGGGGUUGAAUGAGUUGGGGGAGGCGCCGCCGCCGUAUACUUCGAGUGAGGGGGGAGCGGAGGAGGGGGGAAGGCCCGGGACUGUGGAGAGGAGGGAGGAGGUGGAGUUGGUGGAGAGGCCGAGGGCGUUGCAUGCGAGGGGGGGUUCGCUGCCGCCGGAUUAUGCAACGUCGACGGCUUCACGGAGUACAGUGGGGAUCAAUCGGGGUGGAUAGGAUGUUUGCGGGGUGGCUCCGUGCUGGCUUUUAUUGGGGAGGGAUGCGGGAUUACGGAUAUGGAUCCGUCCAUUGUCUUCACGGGAUUAUUUUAUGAUGGGCAUAGCGAUUGGUGUUUGGGGACGGGGUUGGUUGCCAUUCGCUUUCUACAAAGUGUAUUGUACAGACUUUUAAUACAUGACGACGGUAACGACUAUAAAUGACAUGGGAUUCGGCGUAUCUA